AAAACAUUAAGUUAAAUUCUUGAACAAACAAGUUAUUUAAAGAGGGAAAGGAAAGGAACAAUAUUUGCCAAAGACGCAGUAAGUUCCAGACCCACAUAAAGAAUCAUCUCCUCUAUACCUUUCGUGUACCUCUUCAAGUAGGUGGGCACCCAGUUUAAAGUACAGGUUCAGAGGACUAAAGAACUUGCCCAGACUUGCAAGGAAUGACUGUCAGAGCAGAAACAGAACCCAAGGUUUGUCUGGAUCCAAACUCCAUACAGUUAUCUUCCCUGAUGUUCUUAGAAAAUAUUCUCCAUUAGACCAACUGGGGGCUGCAAUGGUUAAUGGGUUCAGAAAACUGGUUGUUCAAUAAUAGAAAACCAGAGCAGAUAGUAACACACAGUAUCUGAAAAAAAGAGUCUUGGACAAAUGUAAGAAAAUAUCACUUGUGUAGUAAAUUAACCUAGAUUGAUUAGGUUGAAAAUAAAAAUUGGCUCAUGAUAGCCGGGUGUUGUGGCGGGCGCCUGUAGUCCCAGCUACUCGGGAGGCUGAGGCAAGAGAAUCGCUUAAGCCCAGGAGUUGGAGGUUGCUGUGAGCUGUGUGAUGCCACGGCACUCUACCGAGGGCCAUAAAGUGAAACUCUGUCUCUACAAAAAAAAAAAAAUUGGCUCAUGAAGCUUUUAAUUUAUAAAAACGGGUCAUCAAUGUAUUUUUCAAGGACAGUUGACCCAUACUUACCUUUUCAGAACAAUUUCAAAAAACUAAACUCUAGGACCAGAGAAAGAAAGAACACCAGAAUAGAUUGGUCAACCAGGUAUUUCUUUGAUUGACAAUUAAAGUCUCUACCAGUCACUAUGAGCAUCAGACACGUGGGAGGGGGAGGAUAAGUAUGGCUUCAAAUUCACAUACAAACCAAGCACUGACCAUAGUCACAAACAAAAAAAUAAUAGUACAUUAAAAUUUGGAGUGCUUUUAGGUGCUGUGGUGAUGCAAAAACUAUACAUACCUUUAAAAAUAUUACUAAAUUCAGAUCGAGAAUAACGUUCUAUCAAAGAGAAAAUACAUAAUCAGUAGGUCCCAACAGUAUGAACGCAAGCACUGAACCUUCUUCCUGCAUCUGGGAAAGUCCCUCCCUGCAGCUGAGGCAUUGGCACAUGAUCUAAGCUCAGACACACUUGCCUAAGACCUGGAAGGAAGAACUAAUGACCCAAAACAAUGGGGACAAGAGGCUUGAGGCUCAUUUUCUGGGGAGUGGAGCAGUGGCAGUGAGACCAAGCAGCUGGGGCAACAGCUGAGUGGAACUGCCAGCAGAGUUUAUGGCACCAGCAGAAGCAGCGUGCUGUCCAGAACCAUAUUACAGCAUGAUUUUGGGCAUUUUUCCUGACUGUGAAUCCCACAUGAUUCCUCAGUCUUCGCAGUGAUUCUGGAAGCCACCCCCCAAAUCCUUUCAAUGAAUUUCCUUUUGCUUAAGUUAGCUUCAGUCUGUUCCUGCUGCUUACAAAGAUGACCCUGACUGAAAAUACCUCCAGGAACAAGGGAAGGGGACCUGGUGGACAGAGGGCCCACUGUCUGUUUACAGCACAUUAGGAAAGUGUCUAAAUCCAAAACUAGGCACAACUGGCUAAUGGCAGACGAUGGAUUUCUUUAUUAUACUAGGAUAUGCUGUUUGAUAAUUUUUCCCUUGCUCUACACAAAGCCACUUCCUUCUGCUGCUUCUCCCUUCCCAGCAGUUGCUGGCCUGGGCACACAGCAGGGACGACCCAAGACUAGCUGCCCUGCACUGCUCUGGAAAGUUGAAGUACUAAUUUUCUAUCAAACAAUACCCCUUCCCUGAGACUAUGUUAUAUCCAAAUCAAAAUCUCUUUCAAAAUCCAUGAAAUCCAUGAAGAUUUGUAAAAUCCAUGAAAAAAAAAAAAGCACACUUAGAAAUAUGCUCCAGGUUAAAAUCUCAGUGUGAAAAGGUUAAACUGUGUUACGAGCCAUUUUUACACAAUUUCAAAGAAGUUCCUGAUUAUGGUUCCUUAAUAAGAGGUUCCUCUCUUCAGUUCUUCCUUUCCGAAAAGAGAAAGGAGGAAGAAAAAAAGAAAGCCAACUCUCCUUUAAAAUACAUACCCCAACCUCCCUCAACACACAGAUAGAAAUGAGGACUGUGAAAAGAGGCAACAUCGCUCUCCGCCUACAAGUCCAUCUGAUUCUGCUUUAUGUCGGUGCUGUGGGUGCCUGUACUGUCUCUGUCACACAGCCACAUUACCUAGAAGUGGACUACACUCAAAAGACUGUCACCAUAGAGUGUACCUUCUCUGCAACUGGAUGCCCUUCAGCACAUCCAACAAGCCUGUGGUUUCGCUACGGAGCUCACCAGCCUGAGAGCCUGUGCUUGAAUGGAUGCAGAAGUGAAGCAGACAAAUUCACAAUAAGGGAAAUGUUGGCAGAAAACCAAGUUUCCCUCACUGUAAACAGAGUGACUUCAAAUGACAGUGCAAUUUACAUCUGCGGAAUAGCAUUUGCUCGUGCACCAGGACCGAGAGCUAAGCAAACCGGAGGAGGGACCACACUGGUAAUAAGAGAAAUUAAGGUUCUCAGUAAAGAAGUACAGAGUUUCCUGACAGCUCUCCUGUCACUGCUCUCUAUCUACAUUAUUGGUAUAUGUGUCAUCUUCAUAGUCCUCUACAAACAGUCAAAAUCUAAUACUCUAAGAAACAAAGAAACAAAGGAAGAUUCCCAAAAGAAGAAGAGUGCUCGGCGUAUUUUUCAGGAAAUUGCUCAAGAACUAUACCAUAAAAGAUACGUGGAAACAAGCCAACAACCUGAGAAAGACAACACUUAUGAAAACAGAAGGGCACUUUUCAACUAUGAAAGACCAUAGAAGCAUUUUAUUUUACAUCACUGAAAAUCCAACUCCAGAAGCUGCGGUAGCACUUAACAGACAUACACUAAUCAAGUCUUAAAAAAACAAUCAAAGGUAAAUGGAAAAGACAACAUCUGCAAAGAAGGAUGCCAGAGAAUAAGGAAACCAUAACUAUAGUAACUACAAAGUUACUACAGCCAACAAAAUACAACUGAAAAAUCUCUUCCUAAUUCACCAAGAAAAUUUUAAGCUAACGUUUUCAAAAACUUUUGUAACAUGUACUGUAAGUUUAUUUCGGUCAAGAUAUAAAGUGUGUGAUGACUGCUACCCUGAUUUAAACCACAUGCCUCAAUAUUGAGGGGAAGAACUGUCUUUCUGAGUUGUAGAAAUGAUGAUACAAUAAGAGUUAAUUAAGUAGAGAAAUUCAUUUUGAAAAGUACUUAGUGAGAAAGUUAUUUCCUCUGAUACUAUAAUGGUAUAGUGCAAUGGGCAAUGGUACAGUGCACACUUGCCUAACAGAGUAUGCAAAGUAAAUCACAUCAUGUUACCAGCAAAAAGUGGGAAUACAGACUAGAGUUAAGAAUAGUAAAGCCCAAAUACAGGCAAUCAAAGCAGGUUAGAGAAAACCUCAGAAAUAAGCCACAACUGACUCUAGAUGUCAGUGUUGUGCCAAAUAACCAGCGCAUGCAGCUCGCAUGGGCUUUACAAGUACAUUUGCAAUACUGAUUUUUAACAAAUUGAAGAGGAAAUUAUCAGAUGAGGGUGCUGGGUACAGCAAAGGUAUUUGUAGAAUUCAUUACCACUUCACUAAGAAAACAUGAUAUGGAUUGUUCUUUGAAGGCAACUUUGAUGUGAAAAAUCUAAAGCACAAGGGUGUAUUUAUUAUUACACAUGAAUUAUAACCUGUUAUGUUUAUUUCAUUAAAUAUUUCAUUAAAAUGUUUCUUUAAAACUAGU